CUAUUCGAAUUUCCAUUUCUUUUUCUCCUGGAAAAGCACUUUUACGCGUCAAAAUCGGGGUUGCGUCACCAAAAAACCCAGGAAAAUUCGCGAAAAAAAAGGGGGCCAGAAAGAGAUCGAUCGAACUCCGCAUGGGUUUUGUGGGUUUUCUCAAGUUUUGGUUCGACUUGCUUGCUUGGCCUCUCUUUGGUCUGGGUUGUCCUCUGUAUGCCUCGAUUCAGGCAAUCGAGAAUAAUUCCAACUCGGAUAUGCGGAAUUUGGUGGCAUAUUGGAUUCUUUUCUCGCUGGUUUCUCUCUUUGAGCUUGCUUUUGUCAAACCUAUUGAUGACCGGCUUCCCUUCUGGCCUUAUCUGAAGCUAAUUGCCAUGUGCUUGUUGGUGCUACCUGAUUUUAAUGGUGCUUCUUAUGUUUAUGAGUGCCUGCUUCGCCCGUGCUUAUCUGUGGAUCUGCAAGCUGCUAUCAAAUACUUCAUUAAACCCAAGGAGGACAAAUCUCUGGAUGCUGAAAGCUUUCUAGCUGUGGUAGAUAGGUAUGUUCAAGAGAAUGGAUCUGAAGCUUUGGAGAAACUCCUUGAUCAGAAGAAAUACCAUUUCCCUUUGCUUCAGUCCAAGCAUACAAAGCCUGACGUUGGCGUGGAAGAGAUCAAGGCAAUGACUAAUACAGAGGAAAGGGAUACAACUGCAGCAAUCCAGUCCAAACACGAAGAACCUAAUGCUGGCAAGGUGGAUGCUAGAGCAGUGGAACUACCAGAGAAAUGUCCAGUAGCUGCAAUAAAGUUGUCCAAACUGAAAGAGCCUCAUGUUGCUAAGGAGAAUGCCACUGCCGGGGAAUUGAAGGAUGAAAAUCGAGCAGUUGCAACAGAACAGGAAGCAAGAUCAGCAUCCAUACAAUCAAACCUCAACUUUCCUCUUUGGCAUGUUAAGUGUCUAGAGCCAAAUCUUGCUCAAAAUGAGAAGAAAACAGUUGCUGCUGGGGAAAUUAAGGAGAAGAUAGUGGCCACAGCUGGUGGAAAGAACAAAGCCGUGGAGAUAACCACUUCAUAUAAAGUUCAGAGAGAGUGGACUUGUGCUUUAUGCCAGGUGACAACCACGUGCGAGAAGAACUUGGAUUUUCAUCUUCAAGGGAGAAAACACAAGGAUAAGUGCGAAGAGCUGAAAGCAAGUAAGCAGGUGAACAAAAACAAGGGUUCCUCCUCUUUGGCAGCCAGUCUGGAGCCAAAGAAGACCCUUUCCGUUGAUAGACCAAACGUUUAUAGAACCAAGAUACCAGAGGAUAAGGUGCAAAUCACUCGGACUAAUGAGCAAUACAGAGUGAAAAAGGUAGAUUACACUGGUGGCAGGAUGGAUCAGUUUAAAUUUCAGUGCACUAUCUGUGAUGUUAAGUUGAUCAGUGAGAUUGAUUUGGCCUCUCAUCUUCGAGGAAAGUGGCACUUGUCCAAUACGCAGUAAAAUAUAUUUGACACUUUGGGUGAAAGGUUUUAUUCGGAUUAUGGAAGGCAGUUUAAUUUAGAAUUCAAAGCUGUAAUUUCUAUGGUGUUUUCAAGUUGACAAUUUACAUCGCUGUCUCCUAUUUACAUGUUAAUAGUACAGAGCAAUUCUGACAAUUUCAGUUAUUCUGGGUAGAUAGCUUGUCCAACAGGGAUAUUCAUCGAUUGUGAAUACAGUAUUAAUCGGUCAAUAGGCCAGAUACUGUAUCAAAAUAUAGUAUGAUUUGGC